AUGACCGCCCCAACCCCCACCCCCGCCCCAGCAACGCGCAGCCGCCUCCUCGCCGAGAAGCGCGUAGUGCUCAUCUGCUUCCUAAUCGCCCUAGGCCAGUUCCAGUACGGGUACGACUCCGCCGCCAUCGCCGGCUUCCAGAGCAUGCCCGGCUUCCUCGAGGUAUACGGCUACGUUGAUCCGGCCAACCCGAUCGGAUUCAACAUCAGCACCGACGUGCAGCGGCUGAUCCAGUCGCUCAUGAACGUGGGCGGAUUCCUGGCCGCCGUCGCCAUCUACUUCGCCCAUACCCGCGUGUCGCGCCGGGUCGGGUUGUGGGUGGGCUGUGGGUUCGCGUUUCUGUCGAUUUCGUUGCAGCUGGGGCUGCAUAGCCUGGGGGGGCUGUAUGCGGGGAGACUGUUGUUGGGGGUGUCGAAUGGGUUCUUGGUGCCGUACUGUGUGACGUAUAUGACCGAGGCGGCGCCGUCGCUGCUGCGCGGGCCGAUUGUGGGGAUGAGCACCUUUCAGACGUCGCUCGGGGCGUUGUUUGGGAUUCUGGUGGAUAAUUAUUGUCAGCCGUACGGGGGUACUGCGUCGUGGAAGAUCCCGCUGGGGGUCAUGUACAUUGUGCCGGCGUUCUUGACGGUGUUGUUGUUGUUUUUGCCGGAUACGCCGCGGUUUUAUGUCACGCAGGGCCGGGAGGACAAGGCGAUGCGGGCUAUUCGACGGCUGCGCGGGAUUCAGGACGAGGCGAUGCUCCGGGCUGAGGUGGAGGACAUCAAGAGUGCGUUUCUGAUGGAGCAGGAGAUACACGCCGGCGUGCAUCUGGGCGAUAUGUUCAGGGGCUCGGACCUUCGGCGGACGAUGCUUAGCUAUGGGGCGAACAUCGCCGGGAUCGCCACCGGCGUCACUUUCAUGGCCGGGUUCUCGGUGUACCUGUUUGUGCAGGCCAGAGUCGGCUCGCCCUUUGCCUGGGUUAUGAUAUCCUUGGCGAUCGCGUUGACGGGCAACAUGUUGGCGUUCCCGGCGAUGCGUUACUUUGGGCGCCGCGAGCUCCUCGUCGUCACCUCCAUCAUCUCGUCGGCCAUGAUGUUCGGCAUGGCCAUCGUCUACACCGCCUCGGGUGGGCACUCAUCUGCCGCGAGCAAAGCCCUCGUUGCCCUGAGUAUCGUGUAUACUUGGGUGUAUGGUGUCGGCCAGGGACCGGUUUUGUGGGCGCUUGGGACGGAGAUUCCCUCGCAACGACUGCGCUCGCAGACUGUAGGUACCGCAUCGGGGUUGAAUUUCAUUGUCGGUUGGUUAGUGUCCUUCUUUACACCGUACUUCAUCAACCCGGACCAACUGGGCUGGGGGCCAAAGUACGGGUACAUUUGGGGCGGGAGCAACUUGAUCCUGGCUGUGUGGGCGUUUCUCUUCGUUCCCGAGACGAAGGGUAGGAGUCUGGAGCAACUCGACGAGCUAUUUGAAAAGAGGGUGGCGGCGCGGAAGUUUUCAUCUUUCAUGCCGGAGCGGCAGCUGGUCGAUGACCACGUUGGCGAUGCGAUUCACAAGAGGAACCGGGGCGUCGAAGAUCAGGCCAUUGUUGUUGAGACGGAAGAUUUGGAGAAAAGGUGA